AUGGACAAUCGACCUGGCGUAGACGAAAUCAACGCGCCAGCACCGGUACAGAACAGAGACGACACUUCUGAAUGGCGGCGACAAACUCAUUUAGAGGACGAGUCGCUCGAGUCCGCACCGACACCGCCUUCCUUCCACACGCGCUCAUCGCAAGCCUCGCCGCCACGAAGAGACCCCUUGUCGCCCAUCGCUACCCAGCUCUACAUCGUAUCACACCUCAUAUUCUUCUCCCUAUGGGGCACUCUCGCUCGCUUGGGAAUGCAAUGGCUCACCUUCUACCCCGGCGCUCCAAUUGUCACCCCUGUGCUCUGGGCCAACGUGGGUGGCUCGUUUGUCAUGGGCUUCCUCUCUGAGGACGGACGCCUGUUUCGACAAGAAUGGGGCCUGGACAAUAUGGAUCCGCACACAAGAGAAAAGGCGCUUGAACAAGAGAAGUCAGACCCCGCUGCUGCCAAGAAGGCCCAUGCAAAGACGAAGAAGACGAUUCCACUAUACAUAGGCCUGGCUACCGGUUUCUGUGGUUCUUUCACCUCCUUCUCCUCAUUCAUGCGCGACGUCUUUCUGGCUCUGUCGAACAAUCUGCCAACUCCUGUAAACCACCCAUACUCGACAGUGCCCUCAUUUACGUCCACGAUCCAUCGAAGUGGUGGAUACUCAUUCAUGGCUCUCCUGGCUGUCAUUGUAUAUACCGUAGCGCUUUCGCUGGCUGCCCUCAAUGUUGGCGCACACUUUGCUCUUGCUCUGGACCGUUUUACGCCUACCUUGCCCUUCAGACUUAUUCGUAAGUUCAUCGAUCCGCUUGUUGUUGUACUCGCUUGGGGCUGUUGGCUUGGUGCCAUCUUCCUAUCAAUAUGGCCGCCAGAUAGACCGUCUGGUCCUUCGAGUCGUGGCAGUUGGACCAACGAGGUCUGGCGUGGGGAAGUCCUCUUCGCACUGGUCUUUGCGCCCGUCGGUUGUCUGCUUCGCUACUAUGCGUCGCUCAAACUCAAUCCGAUCACUGCGUCUUUUCCACUCGGUACAUUUGCGGUCAAUGUGUUUGGAUGCGCGGUAGAAGCGAUGUGCUAUUCCGUCCAGCACGUGCCCAUCAAUUCGACAGCAGGCGCUCUGGUCGGUGGAGGCAGAGUGAGUUGUCAAGUUCUGCAAGGUGUCAUGGACGGCUUCUGCGGUACCACAACCACCGUCAGUACUUGGGUGUCCGAAUUACAGUCUUUACGUAGACGACACGCCUAUGUCUACGGCAUAGCGAGCGUGGUAGCUGGUCUCUGUCUCAUGGUGAUCAUCAUGGGCAGCGUGAGGUGGACUGUAGGAUGGAGCACGCCGGCGUGCGUGACCAUGCGAACCUCUUUGUAA